AUGUGGCCCGCCCGACAGUUCGACCCAGACAAAAGCUCUUUGGAGAGUAGAACUCUUCCAGACUUGGAUACUUCCCCUCUUCAACCUGACAAGGUUCCCGAUGGAGGUCUCUUGGCAUGGGCGCAAGUCUUGCUCACCCAUAUCGUGUUUUUCAACACAUGGGGUGUAGCCAAUGGAUACGGCAUCUUCCAACAAUACUACACCGAGACACUGGGUCAAACAGAAUCAGCAGUUUCAUGGAUUGGGAGUGUCCAGGUCUUCCUCCUCUUCGUUGUUGGAGUUGCCGCAGGUCGUCUGACGGACGGCGGGCAUUUUCGCCCAGUCUUUUCUUCUGGUGUCGUUCUGCAGGUCUUGGGACUGUUCAUGACCUCCUUUUCCAAGGCAUACUGGCAAAUCUUUCUCGCUCAGGCUGUGUGUCUCGGAAUAGGGAAUGGUUUGACAUUUUGUCCGGCCCUGGCUGUUCUCUCUCAAUAUUUCAAAAAACGCCGAGCUAUCGCGGUUGGUCUUGCCGCCGCCGGUGGUGCCGUGGGUGGGUUCAUUUAUCCAGUUUUGAUCGAUUGGCUCAUCUUUAAGGACAACUAUGGAUUUGUGUGGGCCUUGAGAGCCAUGGGAUUUAUUAUGCUGGCGACGUAUAUACCUUGCUUGGUCUGGUUCAAACCGCGUUUACCACCUCGAAGGAGUGGACCUUGGGUAGACACAUCAGCAUUUGGCGAGUUGCCAUUUAUCUUUUUCUCUCUCAGCAUGUUCUUGCAUUUUUGGGGUCUUUACUUUGCUUUCUUUUACCUCGGAACAUUCGCACGGGACGAAAUUGGAGUUACGGAGCCAAUCUAUCUAUUGAUGGUUCUCAAUGGCGUUGGCAUACUCGGCCGUAUACUUCCGCCUAUUAUUGCUGAUAAAUGGACCGGCUCUCUCAACAUUCUCAUUCCACUGGGCUUCUUAGCAAGUAUCGUUGUGUACUGCUGGGCGGCUAUAUACACUGCAGGAGGGUUAUACGUCUUUGCCGUCGUUUAUGGCUUCAUUGCAGCUUCACUGCAAGCUUUAUUUCCAGGCGUCGCCACUACGAUGACUCCCAAUCCGAACAGAACCGGAACUCGAGUAGGAAUGAUAUUUGGGUUUGUCAGCUUUGCAAAUCUCACGGGUCCGGCUAUCUGCGGAGCUCUAAUCAGGAAAUGUGGUGGGAGCUAUGUGGGAGCAGAAAUGUUUGCAGGAUCAUGUAUCUUUCUUGGUGCGGUCAUGGCCUUGGGAGCCAGACUCGCAAAGACCGGAAUGGCACUACGCGUAAAAGUAUAA